AUGUCUGAGACCGCGUCCCGACCGACUCGCCCCAGAGCGUUGACCAGACUCGUCACUAAUGCCGCCAUUUCCCUUCAAAAGACCCUGAGCGGAGGUGCCAACGAGGAUGGGGACAUUGCAUCGUGGAAUCCGGCCUUGGGGGACGGCCCUGACAAUUCCUCUCCCACACCAGCUUCUCAUGCACCAACGCAGGAUGGCAAACAGAUGGCUCCGGAUUAUCGCAAGAGUGGUGAGAUGGGAUGGAGGAAAUAUGUCAAGUACUUUACGCCAUCGUACGACCAUCUGCCCUCGACUCCUGAGAUUGCGUGCUGA